AUGGAACUCAAGGUUGAUGGAACUUCAGAUGAAUACAUAUUCAGUGUGAUUGACUUGGGAAGUACUUUUACUGUUAACAUGAAGGAUAGGACUUGCACAUGCAACAAAUUUCAAAUAGAUAUGCUUCCUUGUAGGCAUGCUUCUGCUGUAUGCUAUGACAAGCAUCAAGACCCACAUGAAUACUGCUCAAAUUACUUCACAAAUGAAAAGAUGCUUGCUACAUAUGAAGAAGUUGUAUACCCUGUAAAUAAAGAAGACACAUGGGAUAUACCUACUGAGGUAGAAAAUUAUAUUGUCUUACCUCCUGUUGGCAGAAUUAAAGCAGGAAGGCCAAAGAAGAGAAGAAUAAAAGGAGUAGUAGAACAUCAGACACAGAACAGGUGUACAAGGUGUACAGCUUAUGGACAUAAUCGUAAAACUUGUAGGAAUAUGCCAAAAAAGAAAUAG